AUGACUAGUCUUUCUGUGUUUAGGGACAUACCCCCAGCCCAGAAGCUGGAAGGCAGCUUACUAAAGAUCUACAAGCAAGACAAUUAUUCUAGCAAGAUGUUUCUGGCCUACAGAGUCUGCAUGACCGAUGAAGGCCAUCCCUGGGUUUCCCUUGUGGUACACAAGACUCGCCUGAAGAUCGCCCGGGACCCCUCUCUGAACUAUGAGUACCUGCCCCUGCUGGGCAUGAAAUCAUUCAUCCAAGCCGCCUUGGAACUCCUCUUUGGAAAGCACAGCCAAGCCAUUGCUGAGAAAAGGGUAGGGGGUGUGCACACUGUUGGUGACAGUGGGGCCUUCCAGCUUGGGGCCCAGUUUCUCAGGACCUGGCGUAAGAAUUUGAAAAACGUCUGUAUCGUCUCGUGCCAAAAGGAACAGUACGGACUCAUCUUCCAGGACAUGGGUUUUACAGUCUAUGAAUACUCCAUCUGGAACCCCAAGGAGCUGUGCUCAGACCCCAUCUUAUUCUUCGACGUGAUGGAGCAUAUCCCAGCUGAUAGUAUCCUUGUGAUUGGGAACAUCAUUGACUGCAGGCUCACACAAAAUCAGUGGACAAAGCUGAUGUCCAUCAUUAAGAGCAAGCACCUCUUCCCGUUCUUCGACAUUCCCUGCCAGGGUCUGUCCACCGGCGACCUGGAAGAAGACACCAGGCUCUUACAGUACUUUGUGUCUCUGGGGUUUGAGUUCUUCUGCAGCCAGUCUCUGUCCAAGAAUUUUGGCAUUUAUGAUGAAGGAGUGGGGAUUCUAGUCGUGGCGGCCCUCAGCAACCAGGAUCUGCUGUGUGUCCUCUCCCAGCUGAUGGACUACGUUGGGGCCCUAUGGGGAAACCCUCCCGCCACGGGCGCCCGGAUAAUCACGUCCAUCCUCUGCAACCCUGCUCUGUUUGGAGAAUGGAAAUACAGUCUGAAAGGUGUCGUGGAGAACAUCAUGUUGGUCAAGGAGAAGGUGAAGGAGAAGCUCCGACUCCUGGGGACCCCUGGGUGCUGGAAUCACAUCACCAAACAGAGUGGGACCCACGGUUAUCUAGGGCUCAACUACCCGCAGGUGGAGUUCUUGACCAAGAAGAAGCACAUCUACAUCCCCAGGAGCAGCCGUAUCAACUUCACCUGCAUCAACGCCAGGAACAUAGACUACAUCACGCAGAGCAUCCACGAGGCAGUGGUGCUCACCGAGGGCUGAGGGGGCUGUCUUCUCAAAGACGUCCCGAUUGAAAUGGAA